GAGGAGAUCGAUAUAACGCGCCGUGUAUACCCCACGUCUGUCAGAUUGGUAUCUGGAGCUAGAGGCUCCCUCGUAUACGUAACACACGAAAGUGUGCGCUUGUGGAAGGUACACACACGCGCGCGGCAGCGGAGGGUUGGCAACAACGAAACUAAUUCCGACGCCAUUAUCGAAACGAGGAGAUCCAGUCCGUUGGCUUGUCAUAAAUAUUUGAUUCGGCUGACUCAUCGAGGUUUAUACGUACGUUUGUCCCGCUGGAAGAGUCUAUGAGGCUGAGGUGGUGAUGUAAGAAGGGUUUGAAGAGAGAGAAUAUUACUUAUAUCCCUCGAUUGUGCAAUAUGCAUACGUUGCGUCAUGUGCAGGAAAUUAACGUGGAAUGUACUGAACAAUUGCACUAGCGCAAAAGUUAUAAUUGAACGGAGGAGAAGAGUGUGUGUGUAUGUUAAAUGGGCUGCUAUUAGCAUGGCGAAGUUGGCAGUUUGAAUUAAAACUUCAUUAAAGUAAUUGCAUUGAACUGAAUAUGUAAGACGAGGGACUAAUUAGAAGGCAUUAUCUCAGCUUCGCGCAACAACAAAAAAAAAAGAGAAGAAGAAAAGCGCGCGUGACCCGAGAUCGAUCCAAUUAUCUCGCUUCGAUCUACCGGUGUUUAAUGUCAUCCAGCUGCAUCGGCUUUGACUUUCAAACCAAAGGCUCCUCCUUAUUCGCCAAGUGGAUCACUACCAGUUGAGAACAUGGACACCUCCUUCGCUGAUUUGAUUCAGGAAAUCACCAGAGAGUGCAAGAAUAGGUGCAUCGAAGCGUCUUCGGAUUUCGUCGCUUUUCUGGUGUCCCUCGUAUCACUGAGUUCGACUUAUCGAGCCGACGAUGGCGAAGACGAGACGAGCAACGAAACGAAAAUACUCGCGAGCGUAAUAGAAAAAUUGCUCGAUCAAUCUGGCCCGAGUCUCGCCACGCUCAAGCUCCAGUUCCAUUUCGCCAAGCACUAUCGCGACCGAGAGUCGAUCAUCAAGAAGCAUCGGACGAAGCUCGCGAGCAAAACCUCGCCUCUGGUCAAGGAAAUCUGCGAAGUCAACAAGCUCGAGAACGCCCGGGAAAUCGAGAGGCUCUACCAGAAGAUGCUCGUCGUGAUCACCCUUCUGAGUGGACUAGGAAACCCCACUAUCCCUACGAUUUUGAGGGAAGUCGCUAUCGCCCUGCAAAGCGUUCUUCAGCCUUCGGAGCUUCCGCGCUACGUUACUCUAUCAAAGCGAGAAAAGGAAGAGCAACUGACGGAGCUGGUUUUUAUCGUCGCGGGCAUUCGUCUCUUCAACCGCGAUUGUCAGCGCGGCGGCGAGGGCAUCGACGAUCUGCCGAGUAUUUUGCAGGCGGGUAUGAAUAGAACGCGCUUGUCAAUCAUUCAAUUACUGGAGCUGCUCAUGGAAAAAGUGUACAAAUUCACCGCCGGCGUCGAGGCGGCUAUACAGAGCCACUUUUACAACGACUGCGAGGACGGGCCCGAGUUCAAAGACAUUCUGUGGUCUAUCGAAAUGCUCGUUGCGACGCGACAGCAGGAGAUUUAUGUGAGGAAACUGUUGUCAGAUUUGGAGAUCUGCGAGGAGGAAAUCAGAUCGUUGAUAAAUCGGUUGCAAAAUCGGCUGAUUCAGCUUCACGAAACUGUGAAGUACAGGACUGCUAUUCCCACUACUCAAGUUUACCCACAAUUCAUAGAAAUCGCCGAAAUCUGGCUGAAGCUUCAGGACGAAGUCAUAGUUUUGAGCUACAUAAACGACAUGCUCUGGCAGCUGCAAAGUUUAUUUCCGAAGUCGCUAUCGCCUCACCACCAAAGUGUCCUCGAGCGAAUGCUACAAGAAGUCGAAGUGCUAACCGAUGCCGAACGACUGGAGCAAACUAUGGGAAAAUUAAUAGUCGAGUGCGGAGAAUGUUCUCUCGCCUACCCGAGCAACGACACGAAUUUCGACAAAAUCAAUUUGCAGUUUCUGGGCUUUUGCGCUUGGAGCUUCGUCGUUGGAAAAGGUGCAUUGAUCCCGGGAAAUCCAAAUAUUGGCGUUGCGGAAUGGGCCGGCAAGUGUUUCGCUUUUAGCUCUGUUGAUGCUGCUCGACAAUUUGGAAAGUGCCCAGACAGAUUUUUGUACGCGGCUUUGGAUAUUGUGAGAGAACGUCAGGAAUACAUUCAUUUGUUCCAACUCUACAAUGACAUUCAAAUUAUGAAUCGGCAAGAAAGACUAUCUGGAGAAUAUAUGCCUCUGAAAAUUCGCCAAGACCAAGAAGUCCAGACGGAGAUGCACGUUUUUCCCACAUUUGUCGACAAGAAUUAUGCGUCGAGUCUUUGGCUACACCGACAACGAGCUCUGCACUUGGCCAGUAUCUGUCAAUGCGUUACUAAAAGCACGCAAACGUCCAAGUCUCAUUUUCGAACUGGUAUUUGUUUGCAAACAUCGAUGCCAAAGGAGAAAGAAGUUCAAACAAGGAAAGACGGCAGUACAAAUACAAAAAAGAUGAAGAAAUACAUCUUUGGUUUGCGCGGCCGCGAUAACAAUGUUGAAUUAAUCGAUUGUGCUUAUAACAAAUAAAGAUGAUUUUUUUCUAUAAUGUUUACUUAUAAAA